AUGGCUGCGGGUUGCACCAUUGAGAAGUUCACCCGUAUGCAUCCUCCGACAUUUACUGGAGGAUCCAACCCGAUCAUAGUAGAGAACUGGGUGCAAAAGACGGAAAAAAUACUGAAGGUUCCGCACUGCACCGACGAGCAGAAAGUUCUCUAUGCUACGUUUCAACUGGUAGGAGAAGCUGAGAGAUGGUGGACGGCUAUGAGUCUGUUGGAGGACAAGAGGGCUGACCCAUCAGGGAUGACGUGGAGCCUUUUUAAGGAGGUAUUCUUUAAGAGAUACUUCCCAGCCUCCACCCGUGAUGCAAAGGCAAACGAGUUAUCGAGUCUGACCCAGGGGACCCUGAUGGUGCAUAAUUAUGCAGCCAAAUAUAUUGAGUUAUCUCGCUUUGCACCUUAUUUGAUAUCGAACGAGUAUGAGAAGACUUGGAGGUUCGAGAAGGGUCUAAGAAGGGAUAUCCAUAAGCUGGUGCUAAUGCUGCAAAUUUGGGAGUUCCCUAUUAUAGUGGAUAAAGUUGUCGUGAUUAAUGCUAGUCUCCAGAAGGAUGAGGUGGUGCUGGAACAGAAGAAGAGGCCAGUGCCUCCUGGUUCUCAUACUAGUUCUAAUCAGGGGCAGUGGAAGAAGAAGAACUACAAUAUGGGUAAUAUGUCUCAAGACUGUCCUGUGCUGAUGAAUGAUACGCCUACACCAAAUCAGAAUCGAGGAAAUAACCAAGCGCCCUGA